CAGUACAGGGUCGUCUCAAUUUAGAUCUCUUCUCCCGUUUCAUUUCCCGGGUUGCGAGGUACCGAAAGUGCUUUUUACGGGAACAUGUCCGGGAAUUUGGGCUUAUGCGAGACUCCUGGUUGCGGCUCGUUUGCCAGUUUACAAUGUCCUACCUGCCUGAAAAUCGGUAUUCAGGGAUCCUAUUUCUGCAGUCAAGAAUGCUUUAAAGGGAGUUGGAAGACGCAUAAAGUACUUCAUCAACUUGCGAAGGGCGAGAAUGGAAAUAAAUCUUCGGAUGAAUACAAUCCCUGGUCGUCGUACAACUACACCGGUAAAUUACGUCCUUUUAGGAAACACCCUACCCGAGAGGUGCCAGCAUCCAUUGCCCGUCCAGAUUAUGCCUUGCACUCAUUGGGAAUACCUCUCAGCGAACAAGCCGUCAGAGGAUCUGCUCAGAUCAAAGUAUUGGACGAUGAAGAAAUUGAAGGAAUGCGAGUCGCGUGCAAACUGGGAAGAGAAGUCCUGGAUGAAGCAGCACGUGCAUGUGACGUUGGCGUCACAACUGCCGAGUUAGACAGAGUUGUUCACGAAGCAUGUAUCGAAAGAGACUGUUAUCCAUCGCCAUUGAAUUACUACCAGUUCCCUGCCAGCUGUUGCACAUCCGUCAACGAAGUGAUCUGUCAUGGGAUACCGGAUACCAGACCAUUACAGGACGGUGACAUUUGCAACGUUGACGUUACGGUGUACCACAACGGCUUUCAUGGGGAUCUGAACGAGACCUUUUUAGUGGGAAAUGUGAAGCCUGAAAUAAAGAAGUUAGUCGAAGUGACAUACGAAUGCUUAUCCAAAGCCAUUGACAUAGUACGUCCAGGUGAAAAGUAUCGAGAAAUCGGUAACAUCAUUCAGAAGCAUGCUCAGGCCCAUGGAUUCAGCGUCGUGCGUAGUUAUUGCGGCCACGGAAUACAUCGUCUCUUCCACACUGCUCCGAAUGUGCCGCAUUAUGCCAAGAACAAAGCAGUGGGUGUGAUGAAACCAGGACACUGCUUCACCAUCGAGCCUAUGAUAUCGCAGGGUACUUGGAAAGACGAGAUGUGGCCCGAUAAUUGGACCGCGGUCACUGCCGAUGGCCAGUGGUCGGCACAAUUCGAGCAGACCCUCUUAGUCACGGAAACGGGGUGCGACAUUCUUACCAAGCGACUCACAAAUGACGGGAAGCCAUGGUUUAUGGAUAAAUUGUAGUAUCAUCCGAGUCAACCGUUUGGCUUCCGUCGAGAAUGAACAAGAAUCGAGCAUACCAGGAGCUCCGAGUGAUAUUUUCUGCAAAACAUUCGUACUCUGCAUACACGCGUCUCCCCCUUGAUGACGUACUUCUCGAUGGGUGCACGUCUUAGAACCGGCUAUGCAAUUCUAAGAUUCAUUUUAAGCUUUUUCUAAAUUUUUAACUGGGCGAUCGAGCACUAAAGCCUGAAAGGACGUAUACCUUACACAUUUUUUAUCGUAUCAAGUCCUUCCGCCUACCAGUUUCUAGUGUCCUACAGAGCGAAUUUUUUAAAUCAUUAUGCAUUUUUCUCCAAGCUUUAGUGCCACAUCCCGGCGAGUCUAACGUUUAUGUAGUAGAAUUGGCCUUUUAACGAUUAUUCAAACUAUUGCGAGUGUAAACAAAAAAUACAUAUGUUUAGCAGGAUCGAUCGAUCGCAUUAAAAGUAUGUAUUCGAAAAAAAACGCCAGGGCCUUUGUCCACCAAUCGUUUGUAUAUACUUAUUCGCAAUUCGCAGGAACGAUGGGUAGAAUUGCGAGAUCAAACAAUUGUGAGGCUUCAGUUCGGUUGCGUAUGUACAUAUAUGACGAGCAUUCGUCGACUUGACGCGGGGCAAUAAAUAAAUAAAUUAAAAACGUAA